UCGAAAGUGAAUGGUUGAAAGCAGUGGGACUAAACUGAAGUUGGUGUUAGACUUGAACGUAAUAGAGGGUAUUGUUUCGAAAGGAAGCAAUUAAAAACGGAAGUGAUCUGGAAUAUGUGAUACUAGUGAUUGGUUAUAAUCGUCAACAAAAAAAAUGCCGAAAUCAAAUAGCAACCUAGAAACGAGUUGGAUAUGGCGAACAAAACGGAAAAUAUUAACAGUGGCGCUUCUUCUGUGCCAAUGUCAGAAUGCCUUAGUAGCGGCGCAAGAAUGCUCAGGACUCGACUUCGACGCCUUUUUCCUUAUAACUGCUCCGAUAUUAUCUGCAGACGUCGAUAAAGUGAUAGCCACAUAUGAUGAUGUCGCUGGAAUCGAAAGUGUCGAGGUCAGUGAAUUCACGGGUUCUAAAUUGUAUCUCAGUGCCCGCAUCGUCGGCGGGUCUCAGUUAGCCAUCAGCACGACUGCUGACUUCGAGAACUACGCACUGAAGGAAACCAUUCCAAUGUUGUUUGGGAUCAUGGAAUUCAAAUGCUCGGAUGGAACCUCCCGAGAACUGCCGGUGCGAGUUCCCAUUGUAGAGGAGAAUCUAUAUGAACCAUCUUUUUCGCAACCACUGUACGAGUUCCAGCUUCCGCUGCCUCUGCCGAAAGAUUUCGAUAUUUCCUGUGGAUCCGACGGUGAACCGAUCGUUGCAGUCGAUUACGAUUUGGUUUUCAAUAAUGUGGUAUUUGGGAUCGAGGAUAACCCCAACUUCUAUAUCGAAACAUUCCCAGGUGAAACUCCAAAGCACUUUGUUGCGAAGAUAAAAACUAAGACUACUGUCACGAAAUUAGACGAGAAUAUUACGCUGAGAAUUACAGCGACAGACAACGGAGAGGACCCGAAAACGGACACAGCGGAAUUACGGAUAUUGGGAAAUCCAGAGAUACCAUACAUCGAACCUCCUCAGUUUCAGCAAUCUCUCUACCGGAGUAGCUAUGAGGUACAAUUGGGAACUUUUCCCGCUAUUCAAGUCAAUCUAAUUCCAAACACGUUCGACGACACGACCAAAUAUGCGCUUGAUGAUGGUGAUGAUGCUCAACUGUUUACGAUAACUGCUGCUACAGGUUCCGGUGGGGCAAGCAUAUCCUUGCGAUCGGGCGCUACGAUACCCGACGAAAAAACCUUCCUGAGUAUGGUGAUAACGGCGAGUCGAACCGGAGCCGAGCUGGAGGGCCGAGCGGCCAUAAUUGUAGAAUUGCAACGUUCGAUACCGGUCGAACCGUCGUUCGAGCAAACCGUGUACGGUGGUACCGUGGACGACAAAAAAGUCAUCACCUUGGAAAACGGCAUUCGGUUGAAGGCUGACACUGCAGCAGGAGAUGUUACCAUUGCGUUGGUUGGAGAGGAUGCGAAAUAUUUUAGAACGAGUAGAACUGAUACUUCGGUCGCUUUGCUUGUGUCCGAUGAGCUUACCGAUGCGGUGUUGAAGGAAAAGUUUUACUUUCAUUUCACUGUGGAAGCACGCAAGGAGGAUGUUGGUACUGGGGUUGCUUUCGUAGUUCUGGAAGUCUCGAGGCAGGAUCAGAUUAUUCCAAAGUUUGAACAAUUGUAUUAUGAAGGAACGGUUACGGAAAUGGGGGAGCUGGAUUUGGCAGAAAUACAAAUUGUUGAAAGUACCUAUGUGGAAACGUUGAGCUUUGCGUAUACAGGUGACAUGAGUUUGUUUUCGAUUGGGGAGGAUCGGAAUAAAGUGUUGAUUACUCCUAAUGACAUAACCGAAGAGAAACUAACAGGAAAGGUGUAUGUUCUAGUGAGAAUAACAGUCACCUUGGAGGAGGAGGUCGUGGCAGAAACGAUAUUGAUUAUAAGAGUCGUAAGGUCGACGGUGGUCAUACCAGCUUUCGAGCAUAACUUUCUACAAGGUCAACUCACGGCCGCAACAGAAGAACUAACAGAAAUAAAAGUGGUUCUGGUACCAGAAUCUUUCACGCAGCAUACCAUAAUCACUGUACAGGACUCAAGAAAUCUGUUUGAGUUGAAAGCCACGGACCUUUUCAAUGAGUUCCUGGUUGUUUUAAAAGAAGGAGUAUCAAUUCCUGACGAUUCUCAUCUAACCAUACUUUUGGAGGCAACCAACCCGAAAUCAUUAACCGUCAGCUGUUUAGUGCUAGUCGAAGUAAUCCAUCCACUUCUGGUUACCCCAGAAUUCGAGCAGCUUUUGUACCAAGGUCAAAUCAAUACUAACCAUCAGUUGGAGGAGCUUGUCUUAGGUCUCAAAGCGGGAACCUUUGACAGCACGGUCGUAUUCACACUAUCAGAUCACGAUGCAGAUCUGUUUGUGCCCCGAAAGCUAGAAACUAACAAAUUGUCGAUCACACUCAACGAAACAGUCAGCGAAGAUGACCUCGCCAAUCGUGCUAGUCUGCAGUUCAAUGUCUACGCGAAGAUGGGGGACUCACUAGAGGGCUCCGUUCCAGUAGUGGUAAUUAUUCAGAGCGCAGAUGUGAAGCCCCCUAUGUUCGAGAAAGCUCUCUACAAGUCCCGCAUCGGUACAAACCUUCAAUUGGUGCCGUUUGAAAAGAUAAAAAUUACCGAUGACUCUUUUGCCGAAGGGCUACAGGUGGAGAUUAUACUGAAUAGCACAGAUUUAUUCCAAGUAGUGUUGAAUGAACAAAUCUUGGCGGUUAGUUUAGUCCGGGAAGUAACAGCGGAUGACUUGAAUGGACUGGCAAGGUUCGAGUUUGUUGUGCAGGUUUCGAAUGCUGCCGUUGGUUCCGGGUUUACAACGAUUCUUGUUGAUAUCGAACGUGAUGUGAUUGUUGUUCCCGAGUUUACAGCCGUUUCCUACACCGGAUCGCUUUUGGAGGUUUCAAUGGAAAUGAGCUUUCCUGAGAGGAUUAUCCUAAAGGAUGGGACCGCAACGGAAGCAGUUGCUUAUCAAUUGUUGGGCGCGGAUGCUGGUAUGAUUGAUCGAGUGAUCAAUGAGGAUGGAAGUCUAAAAUUAUCUCUGAAGGAAGAAAUCACAGCGGAAAAUUUACAGGAAAAAUAUCAGCUAAACUUCGUAGUUCAGGCGAACAAUCCCGGCAGUCCGGAUGCGUUGGCUAGCGUAACAGUGGAAAUAAUUCGUCCUGUUGUGCCAGUUUUCUCGAUGCCCUCAUUUGCAGGGGUUCUACUAGAGGGUCAGCUGAUAGUAAACUUUGCACAGAAUGAAAUUAAGCUCAAGGACGGAACGAUACAGGAAGACAUUUUGCUCAUUCCAACCGAAGAUGAUUACGAGCUAUUCCAGGUGACCCGUCAGACAGAGAUCCAAGUAUCGCUGAAGAGCACUGUAAACUGGAACCAAAUCCGCAAUCGACCUUUCCUUAGCUUCCGCCUGGAAGCCUCGAAUCCGGGAAGUGCCAAAGCGUACGCAACAAUUUUCAUAACCAUCGAGAACAAACUCGUUGCAACGCCUGAGUUUACCAAAGUCCUGUACCGGGGAUCACUUCAGAAGACCACCAACGAAAUCACUUUCGCUGCGUCAGAAAUCAUCACCUUGGAGGAUGACAGCAUAACUGACAGCCUGUCGUUCCGUGUGAUUGAGGGUGAUGCCGAAUUAUUCAAUGUCACUCGCGAUGGAAAUAAAUUUCGAGUUGCACUGAAGGAGUCAGUGAGCGAGCAGGACUACGAAGGGCGCGAUUUGUUAAGCUUUCAAAUUGAGGCCAAUAACGAGUUCGGCUCAACGGACAGCACCACCGUCAUAAUCGACAUACAACUUGAUGAAAUCAUUUCGCCACAAUUCGUAAAGGCCAUCUACGAAGGUUCGAUUGCAGAAGGAAGUACAACGAUAAGUUUAAGCGAAGAGAUUACUCUUCGGGAAGGAACAUUUAGCUCGGCAACGCAAGUAGGCCUAGUCGAUGGAGAUUCCGAUUGGUUUACCGUGCUCAGAUCGGAUUCAUCGGUAACGGUUUCAGUAAAGAGCGCUGCUACAAUCGAAUGGGAGCAAAUUGUCACUAGAAAUUACCUUAGUUUUGUCGUGCAAGCUUCGAGUCCCGGCAGCACGGUUGUUGAUGCAUUCGUGGUUCUAAGCAUCUAUCGUACGGCUAUCGUAAGUCCUAAGUUUAAAGCUUUAUCUUUCCAAGGCUAUUUAGAGGAUGGCCAGAAGCAGGUUAGUUUUCCUGAGGGCAAGGCAAUUGAGCUGGAGGAAGGCAGUUUAGUGUUGGGAUAUACCUCCGAACUGCUUGACAAUGAUUACCAACUUUUCGAUCACGUAGUGGAAGACAAUCGGGUAGUUGUAUCUCUGAAAGACGGAAUAAAUGCGGAAGAUUUGGAAAACAAACUUUACCUACAAUUCAGUGUUGCCAUCAGUAAUCCAGGAAGUGAAAAAACGGUUGCUGCGGUUGUUGUUGACCUGAAACGAGACACCAUUCCGGCCAAAAUCCCGAUGUUCGAGAAGACAAUCUAUGAGGCUACAAUUAAUACCGAUUACAGUUUGAGUCUGGUGGACUCUAUUUUCGUUACGGAGGGGACGUACACUGAUGAUGUUCUGCUGCGGAUUGUGGAGUCGAACAGCAACUUGUUUAAAAUCGUUCAAAACUCUAGACAAGCCGACAUUCAGCUUGCAAAGGAAGUAACCGCAGAAGAUUUAGAAGGUCUAGAAAGUUUGCACCUUACCAUACAGGCUGUCAGUGAGGUGGCUUGGAGCAACUGCUUCCUCUACGUAUCACUUCCAGCAGGCGAAAAUGAAAUUUGCACCCCAUCGCCACCAGUAAUCGAUUGCACGGACUGCUAUGAUUGCUCGACUGGGGAGCCUCUGGAUGACGCCCCUCACUUCCCAUACGGAAACUACCACUUCCAUGUCAAAUCCGAUAGCUCUGGUAUGAUCGGAGUGGUUAAAGCCUCCGUUAAAGAUCCUUCAAUAACUUUGGAGCACAAAGUCGAAAUCAGUGAUGCCUACCUUCAACCGAGAAUAACACUUUCAACGGACGGAAUUCUUCAUAUUAUGGAGCCAUUGCUUCCCAACCAGUACAACUUCCUAGUGGUUGCCAUUAGCCCGAACUCCCAGAAACAAACCACCGUCAAUGUUAAUCUGGACGUCACCCAAGACCAAGAAUGUCCAGCCGAUCCGGAAGCCCCCAAAGUUGUUACCGUAGAUAAAAUCCUCCUAAUCGAGUCCCUAGCGGAGGAAACUACUCAUUCCAGCAUCUUCCCAUCGCAGCUAGCCGAUUGCGACUACGAACUGAUCGAUGAGAAACCCUUCCUUGGGUUCAACUACUUCUCCAUCGAUUCCACAACCCAUUGGCUGGUGGCAAAACCAUUUGAUCGUGAAAACACAACUCUGUUCCAAGACAUGUCUGCACCACAGUUCCAGCUACGGUUGCGUCUGAUAUGUCCUCUCCAGGAAACUCAUUCGGUGAAAUCCUCCAUAAAACGAUCAUUAAUUGAAACCGAUGGGCUGAAUUUCGCCCGAGAUAUUACCGUGAUCAAUAUCAUCGUGGUAGAUAUCAACGAUAAUGAUCCCAGCUUCGUAACACCACCGGGGGGUCAAAACCUUCACCUAGGAUUCCCAGUGCCAUCCAUAGCCGCUGGAUUGUUGGUUCCGCACUUGUUUAUCGUGGAAGCGACGGAUCCGGAUGAGAACCUCAAUGCCAAAAUUCGAUACAGCCUAAAUACAGAAGACGACUUCGGAAUCGAUCCCGAGAAGGGAACGAUUUUUCCUCUGCAAAACGCUAUGAACUCAGACGAGUUGGUUUCACUGGAAGCCAUAGCCACCGAUCGCGAUGGGGCAUCCGAUGGUAGAAGCACACGGGUAAUACUAUUUAUCCAUCGUUUGCAGGAGGAUAAUUUGGUGCUGCUAACAGCAACAGGAUUAGCAGAUGUCGAUAGUAUGAUUAGUGGAAUCAAUCAAAAUGCCGGUAACAUUCAGCUGAAAUCACUAAUGGAAGCUAGAGUCCCAGCGAUCGAUCAGUUCGCAGAUAGUCGAUCAACAUCCUCGAAACAGCAAGAGAAUACAAUCAUUCGCGCAAUUGUUUAUGCGUUUGAUAGGGAGAAUAAUCUACAAGAUUCUGACACCAUUAAACGAAUCAUACAAUCGUCAGCGCUAUCCGAAAGCAUCACGUCUGAAUCCUAUCAGGAGGCCGGUUGUUCCGGUUCCAGUGGCGGCAACUGCAGUCCGCUCUAUGGAUCUGAUGACGCUAACACAGGUCUAAUAGCGGCCACCUCAGUCCUAGGGGCUCUCCUUCUUCUAAGCACAGGAUUUAUAGUGUUUCUAUACCUUCGAUUUGUGCGUCCCACUCGAAGCACCCCAGCGAAUCCAUCUGAUAUUGUUCAACUCGAGAAUGACUUUGACAUAUCGCCACCGCCGUCACCUCCGACGCUGGGAUUGAAAAAGGCAGCCGACGAUUCUCUGUCGGAUGAUGAUCGAAAAAUUUCAAUCCAAAUUUCCGGAAUCACCGAUCAAGAAUCCGAGGACUCGAAAAUCCCCGAUCGACUGGUGCGCUCGCUAGAGAGUCAACUCGAGAGAGUGAACGAAAAUAAUACGGUCUCUUCGAGGGCAACACUUGAUGAAUCGACGCAGGAACCGAAGAACGUCAAAUUCAACGAACUUGUCGAAAGAAUAGAAGUUGUCGAACAUCACAACGCAUCGGCUCCCGAUGGUGACGACGAUUCGAUCUACAGCGAGCGUUUUUAGCUAAACAAUCUUAUUUUGUUAGAGAAAAAGUUAUACAAAUUAUUAAUAAAGUUUCAG